AUGUUUUUCAAAAGUAAUAACAAACUGGAGGAAGACGGAGAACAAUCAAUUCAUAGUGAAAAAAACAUUGGUUCAUUUUCAAAUGACGAUGAGUUGAAGAGUGUUGUAUCAAGACACACGGCAGAUUAUGAUUUGUACGUGGCAAAGUCAAAUCCAUCAGCAAUCAAUCAAGCAGAGGGACACAAGUUAAGACAAGCUUUGGAUUCGCGACAUGUUAGUAUGAUUGCUCUUGGUGGAGCUCUAGGCACUGGUUUAUUGAUUGGUACUGGUAGUGCAUUGAAAACCGCUGGACCUGGGGCCAUUUUGGUGGCUUAUGGUGCCAUUGGAUUUGUGGUGUAUAUAGUCAUGACAGCUUUGGGAGAAAUCGCCUGUUGGGUUCCAUUGAAUGGAUUUGCAAACUAUGGUAAGAGAUAUUGUGAUGAAGCACUUGGAUUUGCUUGUGGGUACACCUAUUUGAUAAAGUACUUGAUUUUACCCGCUAAUCAAUUGACUGCUGGCGCGUUGACUAUGCAAUACUGGAUUGAUCGAGAUAGGGUGAAUCCAGGGGUAUGGAUAACAGUAUUCUUGGUGGUCAUCAUGGUCAUCAACUUCCUUGGAGUUCGAUUCUUUGGUGAGAUUGAGUUCUGGUUGAGUUCAUUAAAAGUCGUCACAUGUUUGGGAUUGAUCAUAUUGUUGUGGGUUAUUGCAUUGGGUGGUGGUCCAACUCAUGAUAGAAUUGGAUUCAGAUUCUGGAACGACCCUGGUGCUUUCCUUCAUUACACCGACUCGUCAAAGGAUCUUUAUAUUGGAGGCUCAACUGGAAGAUUUGUAUCAUUUGUUGCAGUAUUGGUUACAGCAGUAUUUGCUUACUUAGGUACAGAAUUGGUAGCCAUCACUUUCAGUGAGACAAGAAACCCAAGAAGAGCUAUCCCCAAAGCAGUCAAGUUGACUUUGUACCGUAUUCUUGUGUUUUACGUCUUGUCGAUCUUAUUCGUCGGUAUGUGUGUUUCUGCUAAGGAUCCUUUGUUGUUGGGAGCUUCAGGAACGAACGCCGGAGCUUCACCAUUUGUCAUUGCUAUCAAAAAUGCCAAGAUUGAUGGAUUAGAUCAUGUUAUCAAUGCCUGUAUCUUGUUGUUUGUCAUGUCAGCUGCAAACUCAGACGUCUAUGUUUGCAGUAGAGCUUUGUACUCCUUGGCUGCUGAUGGGUAUGCACCGAAAUUUUUCACAAAGACCAACAAGUUAGGUGUUCCCUAUUAUGGUCUUGUCGUGUCUUUUUUGUUCUGUUUAUUAGCAUACAUGAAUGUAUCAUCUGGGUCGGCACAGGUUUUUGAAUAUUUUGUCAAUGUUGUUUCAUUGACUGGGUUGAUUGCUUGGACAUGUAUCCUCACUUUCCAUAUUGGGUUCAUGAGAGCAUUGAAAGCACAAGGUUUUGACAGAAAUAAAGAUACAGUUUAUCGCUCACCUUUACAACCAUAUGCAACUUAUGUAUCCUUGGGAGUUUGUGUGCUUGUCAUAUUGAUCAAAAAUUUUACUGUUUUCCUUGGUGACUCCUUCACCUACAAGAAUUUCAUUACUGGUUACAUUAUUCUUCCUGUAUUUUUCAUUUGUUACUUCGGAUACAAGUUUUUUUACAAGACGAAAUGGUUAUCACCAACUGAAGUUGAUUUGGACACAUUUAGAGAUGUUAUUGAUGCUGAAUUUGAACAAUACGAAGCUGAGGAUGCUGAAAGGAAAGCUGUUAGAGAAGCUGAGGGAAAGAAGUAUGAUAAAGAGUGGUUCUAUGAGAAGUUCUUGGGAUGGAUCUUUUGA